UGGGAAAUACCGCCUACGUGCUACUUCCGGUUGUUCAUCAGUCACAGGACAGUCGGGCAGCAAGGCGCCCCGCUAAAAAAUAACUCCCAACUUUUGGGGCGAUUUUCUGGAUUUACAGCCAUUUCUCUCGGCUUCUAGAGAUUCCAGGCGCCAGGUCAACCAGUCAUGCUCCUCAGGAAGGCAGGAUAAGGUUUCACCUCGGUGUAAACUAACCGUAGAGGCGGUGGAUCGGGUGACAAGCGCCGCUCUUGUUUGCCGUUGCCUACGGUGGAUUUUCCCAGACGGUUUUUCUACCCCUUUCUUCGUGGAAACCUGCACAAAAUGAUGACAUUUAUGGCCAAGAAGAAAAAGUAUAAGUUCCACGUGGACCUAGAGUUGGAGGAGCUGUCGGCCGUGCCGUUUGUCAACGGGAUUUUGUUCAGCAAGUUGAGACUUUUGGAGGGAGGGACAUUCACUGAGCUAUCUUCGAGGGAAGAAGUAUCUGAACACUGCGUGAGAUGGAGGAACAAGUUCAAGUUUGCUUGUAAGAUGAUGGCCAAUGCUGCCACGGGUAUCCUGGACCCCUGUAUCUGUAGAAUAUCCGUCAGAAAGGAAGUGAAAGGUGGGAAGACGUUUACGAAGCUGGGAUUCGUAGAUGUGAACCUGGGGGAGUUUGCGGGGUCCGGAACCACAUCACGGAGGUACCUACUGGAGGGGUAUGACUCCAAACACAGGCAGGACAACUCCAUUCUCAAGGUGAACAUAGCAAUGACACUUCUGUCAGGGGACCCCUGCUUCAAAGCGCCGGACAUGAAGCAGAUGGUACUGCCGGGAGAGCGGAUGGACGUCAGUCUGCAGCUGGACUGUAAGGCUGACGACGGCGGCGGUAGCCUGGCCUCGGGAAGCAGCGGCUUCGGGAGUCUCCCCAGGAGAAACCGUCCCAGUGUACUCACUUCAGGUUUGGUAUCUCCCAGUAGUGAUGAGCUAGAGCAGAGCCCGGUAUCGGAGGAUGUGUUUGAAAUGGGACACUCCAGGAACUCCAGCUAUGCCAGCCAACAAUCCAAGGCCUCUGACUACAGUAGCACACAUUCUCGAUCCUCCAGUUACACUGAACCUGGGCACUUCAGAAACCCCAGCCACAGUAGUUCAGGCCAAUACUCCAGCAGUAGCAGUCUUCCCGAGACCUGUGCCAGUGGCGACACAGUAACCACGGAGACGGCGGGGGUCACGCCCAAGGCUCCUGUGCGCAGGGUAGGUGGUGACCGGCUGCUGUUGACAGUGUGCAGACAUCAACACGACAUUAAGCAUAAGGAGGCAAAUCAGCAAAGAAGAGUGGACGACACCAGAGUGGACGCCGAUGACGUCGUCAACCAGAUCCUGGAAUCGCAGGACUUCACUGCAGACAUGAGUACCGAAGAUGAUGAAGGUUUAAGACUGUUUGUGGCCAAGGAUGGGACAACAGCACUGAGCAGCCAAGAACUCAAGAACAGGAUAUCGGCUGGUGCUUUUGAAGCAGUUAUCUUUGAGAACAGAUAGUUUCCUGACAGAUCUGAAGACUACAGAGAGGCGAGACAAGCAGGCUACAGAAAGAGAAUAAUUUUUCUGCAGUGAUUUUGACUCCCAGUUCAUACAUAUGGGAGAAAGAAAAUGCAAAUGAGGUGUCACUAACGCAAAGGAUUAUGGGAAAUAUGUGGCUGUGCCAUUGAAAAUGAAGUUACAUUUGAAAGAUGAUUUGACAAGUUGGUAUAUUUUGAUAAGUGUGUACAAAUAAAUCAAUAAGGUUUGUAAAAUAGGAGCUUGCAAGAACGUUGUUGUAUGGAAGUUCUGGUGGAAUAAGUAGAAAAAGAAAGAAACUUGCAAACUGUAUGGAGGAGAAAGAAUAAUUGUUUUUGUGCCAGACUUUUUUGUUCAAGGUGCCCGUCAUUUAUGAACUGCUAAAUCAUGUAUUUUAUGGAACUGCCAUCACUACUGUAACAUGCCGCCAAGUUGUAAUACUUUACUAAUACGGCAUACAUGUAUUUUAGUAUGGAAACAUUGUACAUAACGAUAGCACUGUAAAACUUGUAUAAUCAGGAAAAACAGUGGAAUUAAGUGUGAUGUCUGAGUAUCUUUCUAUCCAAUGGGUUAGCAUUAUGUUUAUCUUACAAAUUAAAUGACUCUUUUCUGUGUUCAAAGUAGAAUUUCAUCAUAAAAUUUGUAUGUGACAGCUUCAAAAAUUGCCCUAAAAAAGGAUAACACAUUUUCCUUUUUUUCAUUAUCAAUCAAUAUUUCUUGAUGGAAUCACAAAGUAUUUCUCAUGAAAUUUGUAGUAUUAGAAAAAGUGUUCUCUGGAGUAAAAUCAUCUGUUGUAUUUUUAGUUUUAAUUUCUUUUCUUUUUCACUCAAAAGGUCUAUUGUAGUAAUAAUCACAGCUUAAACAAUGGGUAAAGUGAACAUUACUUUUCCAUGGACACAACUGAAUUACCAGUGAAAAUUUUAUAUUUAGGAGAAUAGGAUAUGAUAUACAGCAUCUUGUUUUUUUAAUGCUGCACAUUGGAUACAAAGAUGCUGAGUUUGCAGUACAUGCUGUGAACAGAAUACAAUACGUGAUACCUGGCAUGUUUUAGAUAGGAACUAAUCUGAAUGUUAUUCCUUCUGUGUUAGAGAGAUUAGUGCCAACAUCUACUAGGUAGUUACAACAUGAUGAGGACACACAGUACACAAAUUGAAGGGCAUUCUAAUGAAGUCACUUGGUUCUCUUAAAGUUGCUGAAGAAGGCCUAAGAAGACUGUGAACCAGCCUAUAAUAUCUUCUUUGUAGCUGGUUUGUAUUGAGUUACUGUUAGCCUGUCUACCGGCCGUCUUAGGGCCUGUUUUCUGGAACAAUGUUGUGACUUGGCCAAGCCUAGUUGGGAUUAACUGCUACAAAACUACGCUAAAUUACUACAAAAUAAAACUAAAAAGUAGUUUCAGCCAAAAAAAGCUGUUGUUUUUAUUCAUAGCUAUAUAAUGUGUUGUGUUUCAUUUGAGACUUUUUUUUUUCAAAAUUUACUGUUUGGUUCUUUCUUUGCGUAGCCCGAUUAUCAUUGAAAAUGAUAGUAUAAUACUUUCUAAUUUGGUUUCUGAUUUAAAACCUGUGAGGUAAUGAUAAUAGCACUUAAAAUUUUUGUAAAUUAUUUUUUGUCCUUUUUUGUUGGUUUUACUAUUAAACGAGAACCAAGGGGCUGCAUUUGGUUUUUCCAUGUUAGUCAAUUUCUCAAUCAACUUUGCCUGAAAGCUAUAGGAUUUGUAGUUGCAAUAAUUCUAACUUAGAGAUGUGGAAAAAAAUUACAACUACAACAGCACAACCAAAACUUCAAGCAUCUUUUAAAAGAAGUGAAGUGUGUACAAGUGUGUUCUCAUCAAUAACAACGGAACAUAACUCAUUUGGGGAGUAGAGUUUGUAACUAAUAACCAAGUGUUUGUAAUGUUUUAUAUUUCCUUCUACAAUUUGAUGCUUUUUUGGUGGAAGUUUUUAUAUAACCUACAGAACUUCCAAACGACAAUAAUAUUUCAACACGUUGUAUACAUUGGAUAUGAUUAUAUAUAAUACUGUAAAUGAUGACAGUGUGCUAGCCACAUUGUAUACUGGAGUGAUGAUAUGACUUAAUUUUUUUGUCCGAAUGAUGAUAUGUAAUUAUGAUACUAAUGUUAAUGUAUUAAUCAUGCUAUAGUGAAGUUAGAAUCGGCCCGUUUUUGUGUAACACGUUAUGAUAUGUCUACCCGCUGGCAGGGGUUUUGUAUUUAGUGCUGCGCAAAUCUUGGUUGCCAUAAAAGAAGACAUUUGCAACAACUGGGCUCACCCCUUGGGCCUCGCCAAAAAUAUUUCAUUCACUACAGUAUGUAGAAAAUUGUGCUUGCCUUUACUACCCUGUAUAAUGGAUUCUUUGCAAAGAUGGAGUUUUGGUGAUCAUUUUCGACAACAAAAAAGAAGACGUAUGACUUGUAGAUUUCUUGACGCAGUUACAUUGUAAGCUUUGUGAUAGACUGAGUUUGCCAUGAUUUUGAAAAAAAGCCAAGUUUUCUACACUAAGUCUUAUAGUACUACCAGGUGGCCACAGACUUCUUGUGUAAUGUUAUAUACAUGUACAAGUAGUUAUCAAUGACUGUAACCAUCAAGAAGAACCUAUUAAUUUUUUUUUGUAUUCUUGGUUUUGUGGAGAUAAAGUUUGCAGGUAGUACUAAAA